UUUUGAAGAAAAGUGGGCGGGGCUACUGCACCAGAGAAAGGGAAAUGUCGUCGGUGAGCAUGAGAGUGGCUCGUUGGCUGACUAACCAAUGGAGAGGCGCAUCAGCCCUGACCUUGCCACAACAGUCUCUGCACCGUCCACCCCCUCUCUCACGACCACUGAGUUCAAGAGCAGGCGUCAGCUACCCCCUGCAGCUGUCGUCCGUGAGCGAGAGCCACGCGUCUCUGUACGAAGAGAGUCUGAAGCACCCCGAGCAGUUCUGGGGCGACCUGGCCAGUAGGAGACUCCGCUGGACCAAGAAGUUUGACCAGGUCAUGGACUGCGACAUGAGAAACGGCCAGUUCAAGUGGUUCCUCGGCGGAAGCCUCAAUGUCUCAGAGAAUUGUGUGGACCGACAUGCAGAGGAGGACCCUGACAGAGUGGCAAUCAUUUGGGAGAGAGAUGAGCCUGGGGACACCCAGUUCAUCACAUACAGUCAACUGUUGGAGAGCACGAGUCGUAUUGCCAAUGUGUUGAAGAGAGAGGGAGUGAAGAAAGGCGACAUAGUGGCCAUCUAUAUGCCAGCCUCUCCUCUCCUGGCAGCCACCAUGCUGGCCUGCGCUAGGAUCGGAGCCAUUCACAGUGUGGUGUUUGCCGGAUUCAGUGCCGAGGCACUCAAAAGCAGGAUUCUGGACGCCUCCGCGAGUGUGGUGGUGACAGCAGACGAGGCAGUUCGUGGAGGGAAGACCAUUCCUCUGAAGAGUAUAGUGGACGAGGCUGUGGGAGGCUGUCAGUGUGUCCAGAGAGUGUUGGUGUCUCAGAGGACCGGAGCCCAUGUACCCAUGACCCCCAGAGACCUUCAGCUUGAGCAGGCAAUGUCGGAGGUGUCAGACUCGUGUGCCCCAGAGCCUCUGGACAGUGAGGACCCUCUGUUCAUGCUCUACACCUCAGGCUCCACUGGGAAGCCAAAGGGCAUUCUCCACACUCAGGCUGGCUACCUCCUCUAUGCCUCCAUCACACAACAGUAUGUGUUUGACUAUCGACCUGGAGAUGUGUAUGCCUGUGUGGCUGACAUUGGCUGGAUCACUGGUCACUCCUACGUCGUCUAUGGUCCUCUCUGCAACGGAGCUACCACCGUCCUAUUUGAGAGUAUACCCACCUACCCUGACCCUGGUCGUUACUGGGAGAUGGUGGAGCGACUGGGAGUGAGGCAGUUCUAUGGGGCCCCCACAGCCCUCAGACUCCUCCUCAAGGCUGGGGACCACCACGUACACAAGUACGACAGAUCCUCUCUCGCCACUCUCGGCUGUGUGGGGGAGCCCCUGAAUGACGAGGCGUGGGUGUGGUACCACAGUGUGGUGGGCGAGGGGCGCUGCACCGUAGUCGACACCUGGUGGCAAACAGAGACUGGAGGGAUAUCUAUAGCCCCGCGACCCUCCCCCGAUGACUCCACCCCCAAACCUGGCUUCCCCAUGAGACCUUUCUUUGGCAUACAGCCUGUACUGGUCGACGAUCAGGGUAAUGAACUACAUGGUCCCAAUGUGUCCGGGAACCUGUGCAUCCGUCACCCCUGGCCUGGGAUGGCUCGCUCCAUAUAUGGAGACCACGGGAGGUUCAUGGACACCUACUAUAGACCUUAUCCCGGGCUGUAUUUCAGUGGAGAUGGUGCGAGGAGAGACGGUGAGGGACACUAUCAGAUCACCGGCAGAGUCGAUGAUGUCAUCAACGUGAAGGGUCACCGCAUCGGAACUGCUGAGUUAGAGAGCUGCCUGGAUCAUGAUCCACGAGUGGCUGAAACAGCAGUGGUAGGAUUUCCCCAUGAUAUCCACGGAGAAGGUAUCUAUGGCUACGUAAUUCUGAAAGACGGAGUCUGUGAGUCUGACGAGGAGGUGAUUAAGGGGCUCAGAAACAUUGUGAGGAUGCAGAUUGGAGGCUUUGCUGUUCCUGAAAUACUAAUGAUAGUUCCAGGUCUGCCCAAGACUCGCUCCGGGAAGAUAAUGCGUCGUAUUCUGAGGAAGAUAGCAGCUGACAGACAUGAUGAGUUGGGAGAUGUCUCCACUCUCGCUGACCCCUCCGUCGUAGAGAAGAUUGUCCAGGGACACACGAAGAGGAACAACAACUAAUUGUAUUUUUGACAUGAUAUUUUUUUGUAGGGCAGUUGGAGUUAUCCUAUGGUCAUACCCAAAAUGCACAUGCCUACCUAGCUAUAUAGCAUCAUAGAUGUAUGGGGGGAGUUUUGUUCAUCUUCUUAAACCAGCAUAACUCAAAAACUGAUUUUGUAGGAAUGUAUAUAUUUAUAACCACAUGUGCAACGUCAUACUUUAUUGUUUGUAAACAACAACAAAAUUGCCCCAUGCGAUACAUUAUAAUGGGCAUACUACAUGUGUCAGCGUAACUCACAAU